AUGGACAUAAUGUUCCAUAGAGUCAUUGAUAUUGACCGUGCUACCAUACAAGCCCAGGCAUACCGGAAGUUCAUUAGGAUCUUCGUCGAGGUGGAUGUCUCGAAAUCCCUCCCUGAUGGGUUCUACAUAAGACAUCAGCAGAAGAGGAUCCGAGUUGAGUACAAGUAUGAGAGGCUAUACUCCCUCUGCUACUUCUGUAGAAAGGUUGACCAUACUAAACUUGAUUACAAGCCGAAGAAGAAUUGUGACAUGAAUGGUCUUCCCUACCCAGCGAUGGAGAAAUGGGGCCAUGGACAAGAGCGAGUUCUCCAAUCUUCUCCCCCAGAACAAAUCAAUAGAUGGAUGCGGAGAACACCCAGAAUCGGGUCACUACCUCUGCUAACAACUCCCCAAUUGGGUUGCUCAACCAUUCGCCGACCACGACGGCCCGUAGUUGGACACAAAACACCAACCAGAUGGGCCCACACGUCUUGA